AAAAUCAUGGUUGGCACCUUGGAGAUGCCUGCUUCUUGCAGGAUUGUUGAAUUGCACACGAAUGGAGACUGUGUUAAAUAAACUGGUUCAUGACCUGAAACAUAAGUGCAAAAUCAAAAUUGACGCAGGUUUGCUUUAGGUUAUACUUGGAGGGGUAAAAUUGGACAGUAAAAGGGAAGCUUUAAUACCACUAUUACGGUCAGACAGAACUUGCUAUGUUGGUAGCAUAAAUCAAUAUGUCGAAGAAAGGGGCAGGAUUCCAUCGUUUGCAUGUAAAGGAUAUGGUGAAUUGUCUGAGCUGGCGUGUCAAUUGAUUCAUGAAGCAAUAAAGGAGCUUGAAGAGGAAGAUCAUAUGUAUAGAGAGCCAAUUAUUUUAGUGUCGGAUAGCGAGGUGCAGAUGCUCCCAUGGGAGAACUUGCCGGCUCUAAGAAACCAGGAGGUUUAUCGUAUGCCUUCUGUAGGCAGCAUUUUCCUGACACUGGAUAGGAGCUCUCAGCGUGAGGAGCAGCAAGUUGGACCUCCUAUUGCUUCUUUUCCUUUUAUAGAUCCGUUAGAUGCAUAUUAUCUGUUGAAUCCCAGUGGCGAUCUCAGCAACACGCAAGUUGAAUUUGAGAACUGGUUUAGAGAUCAAAAGCUGAAGGGUAAUGCCGGUUUUGCACCUGUGCCGAAAGAAUUGGCCCUUGCCUUGACAAGCCAUGACCUCUUUAUAUAUUUUGGCCAUGGGAGUGGUAAAUUUCCUUAUUUUGCUCUGAAUUUCGACCUACUCUUGGAACUGAUAUAUAAUUCUACUACAUAUUCAACAUGACAUUGAAAUGUUACAUCGGGAUUUUCUGACACAAGAUCGCAAUAUAUUCCACGUCAUGAGAUUCAGAAGCUAGACACUUGUGCUGCUACUCUUCUAAUGGGGUGUAGUAGCAGUUCUCUGCUUCGUAAUGGGCAUAUGUUCCGGAAGGUACAUCAGUGUCCUACCUCUUAGCCGGUUCUCCUGUCAUUGUUGCCAACUUAUGGGAAGUGACCGACAAGGACAUCGACCGGUUUGGGAAGGCCAUGCUGGAUGCAUGGAUACUUGUCACCAUAAACCGAUGAUUGGAUCAUUCAUGGGUCAGGCUCAUGAAACUUGCACUCUGUCAUUCUUAAUCGGGGCAUCGCCGGUAUAUUAUGGUGUUCCCACAGGAAUAAAGAGAAAAAUGGAUUUAUAGCAUUGUGGUUAUUGUUACUCUGUCCUUGAAUUUUCAUU